AUGUCUCAUCUCGUCCAAGGAACCAAUGUCCGCCUCAUCGAAGGCGACGACCUCCAGGGCCGCAUCGUGACACCGGGCUUCUUGAGCCUGCAGAUGAAUGGCACUUAUUAUGGCUUCGACUUCUCGGAGGAUAUCACUGGCGAUACAGCCAGCUACAAUAGUCGCUUCCGCGAAGCCCGGCGGAAACUCAUCACAUUUAAACUACCAAUUUUUGCAUGA